AGUCCGAGGAUCCGGAGAUGUGGUCGCGGGGAUUCAAGAGACUGCUGCUGCUGCUGACGCUGACGCUGGUGCCGUCGUCGGCGGCCCUGAAGGACCAGCCCUCGCCGAUGGACCUCGACCAGUGCGACUUCGAGAAGCCAUGCGGCUGGGCGUGGAACGGUACCUUCCAGGUCACCAAGGCACCCAUCGCCAACGAGAUGGCACCCACGACCGACGCCACCAAGCGCAGAAAGGGAAAAUUCUUAUGGAUGCCAGGACCGGCCGAGGGUCAGCUGCGCUCCGGAUUUAUCCGGCACACACGUUCCCACUGCUACCUCGAGCUCGCUCUUUACCAAGUCGAGAUGAAGCAUGGCCUCAUCAGCCUUAUCAUAGAGACCUUCAACAGGACGAGCUACGUGGCAGCCGAACGCGCAGGCAACAAUUUUGCCACGUGGGAGACAACCAAAUUUAACCUCGGACGCAUAAGCCAGGACUUCCGGAUCAUCCUGGAAAUCGUCGUGCCGUUCGCGAACUCGAGCAUUGGCGUGGACAGCAUACGGUUGGUCGACUGUUUCCCGGAAACGGGGACCUUCUUCCACGGCGAGUGCACCAGGACUAUGUUUCGGUGCGCGAAUGGCGAGUGUCUGAAGCGCGACCACGUGUGCGACCUUACGGCUGACUGCGCCGACGGCGAGGACGAGAGCAGCGAGUGCGAUAAAGUGCCGGAGUACGCCAAGUGUGACUUCGAAAGCGGCUGGUGUGGUUGGUCGAACGAGAUGAAUAGGCCGAUAAAUUGGACGCUCCAUCAUGGGCCGACACCGACCGAGAGGAUGGGACCCAAUAUCGAUCAUACCUAUCGCAAUUCCAGUGGAACUUACGCUUACGUGGAUAUGUCGAGGAGAGUGGAUUAUGGGAGCCAAGGAACAAUAAAUAGUCCUAUUUUUAAUCGAGCACCGCCGUAUCACAGUGAUCCAGAAAAUCCUUACUACAAAUCCUGCAAGGUGCGCUUCUUUUACCAUCAAUACGGCACGCACACGGUCGCCCUGGGCCUCUACCUCGUCCAGCUGAAGCCCCAUCAGAAUCACAGCGAGCGCAUCUGGUGGUCGUUCAAGGACAAGAGCAGCACGUGGAACAGCCAGGUGGUGCCGCUCCACGACGUGCACUACAAGUACUUCCUGCAAUUCGAGGCGAGGAAGAGUUACACAUCGAUGGGAGGCGUAGCCAUUGACGACGUCUCCCUCAGUCCCGAGUGCUUUGGAGUUGGGGUACCGUCGGAUAUUGUCGGAGAUUACAAUUACUACGAUCGAAAAACACCGGCCUGGGGCCUUAUACCACCCAAGCACCCCGACUUCAUUAACGAAACUGUUGUCCAAGUGACCAGCUGCGGCCAAACUGGCAGAAUCGGUCCGACAGCCGAGCAGUGCGCACAAUUCUAUAAUGGGACGGAGGACGUUGAGGUGCUGUCGGCCUCAUCUACGGACGAAGGGGACGCGGUGCUCCGCUUCAAAGGUAUCCAACGUUGGAUCGCACCUCGCGGUGGUUACUACACAAUAAUCGCCAUGGGCGCUCGGGGAGGCACGGGGGCCCUUACGAUGGGCAUCACCUUGGGCACGAUGGUGCGCGGCGUCGUAGAGCUCGAGAAAGGACAGCAACUGUACUUCAUCGUCGGCCAGCCCGGGACCGACGCAUGCCCUAAGAGCUUGGGAUCGAAGAACGACACUUGCCAGCAACCGAGCAGUUUCAAUACCAGCUUCGAGUACAUGUCGAUCGUUCGCCAAGUGAAGAACAUCGAGCUGAAAGACGGCGGCGGGGGUGGCGGUGGCGCUACCUAUAUCUUCACCCUGAAAGCGAGCGGCGAGCAACAGGCGUUGCUAGUGGCCGCCGGUGGUGGUGGCCUCGGGCCCACGCAGUUCCACGACGACGGUGUCCAGCAUGGAAAGGGCGCGAUGCCCUUCGACCGAAGCCCCGUCAACGGUGUCUCCUUCAAAAAGAACGCAGGCGGAGGUGGCGGUUGGAUGCCAUCGCGGAGCAACGAUUCCAGUCAAGUCGCCGAUGGCAUGGCCUUGACGAAGGGCGGCAUCGGGGGCAUUGGCUGCGGUCUCAAUCACAAAGGCUACGGUGACGGCGGCUUCGGCGGCGGUGGCGGUGGCUGCUUGUCCGGCGGCGGUGGUGGCGGAUACGCAGGUGGCGGCACCGGACACGUGGAAUCGGGCAACGGCGAGGGUGGAUACUCCUACGCCGCAUCGGAGCUGCUUUAUGUCUCGUACCUGGAGAAGGCCAACGCCGGUCCCGGUGAGAUCUUCAUAGUGCCCGCGGUCAGUGGCUGCGGCUGCAACUUCCGCUGCGUCGUUGUCGACCAGCACCUCAGCGAGACGCGCUGCCUGUGUCCGCCCGGAUGGCAACUCGGCAAUGACUCGAAAUCCUGCAUAAUGGCAAGCGAAUCGGAUGUGACGCACCAAACAUUCAUGGUAAUUCUCAUAAUCGUAAGCAUCAGCCUGGUAAUUGCCUUUUCCGGUCUCUGUCUCCUAUUAUACAACCGAUACCAAAAUCGCAAGGCUCUAUUACGCAGGCGCCAAGUUAUGUUUGGUAACGGCACUGAACUUACGGCCCUGCGAGUCGUCUCGGACAGUAUGAUGACAGAAUUCAAUCCAAACUACGAAUUCGCGGGAAAUCUCUACAGCUUCAAGGAUCUGCCCCAAAUACCUCGUGACAAUAUUGACUUGGUUAAACCGCUGGGACAAGGUGCAUUUGGCGAGGUUUUCCAAGGCUUGUACAAAUACCGUCGAAACGAGGAACAUCCGGUUGCUGUGAAGACUCUGCCCUCGUUAUCCUCGUCGCAGGCCGAGGCUGACUUCAUGAUGGAGGCACUAAUAAUGAGCAAAUUUAAUCAUCCGAAUAUCGUACAUUUCAUCGGCGUGUCUUUCGAUAAGCAUCCCCGGUACAUCGUCCUCGAGCUCCUCGCCGGUGGCGACCUUAAGAACUUCCUGCGUGAGGAGCGACCCCGACCGGACCGACCAACCACCCUCACCAUGCAAAAUCUCAUAAUGCUCGCGCACGACGUAGCCAAGGGCUGCAAGUACAUGGAAGACGCGCGUUUCAUUCACCGGGACAUAGCGGCGCGCAACUGCCUGCUCACCUCCAAGGAACCCGGUCGAGUCGUCAAGAUCGCGGACUUUGGGAUGGCCAGGGACAUCUACAGGAGCGACUACUAUAGGAAGGGUGGCAAAGCGAUGCUGCCGAUAAAGUGGAUGCCACCGGAGAGCUUCCUCGACGGUAUCUUCACCACUAAGACCGACGUCUGGGCGUUCGGUGUGCUGCUCUGGGAGAUAAUGUCCUUCGGCUAUAUGCCGUACACUGGAUGUGCUAACCGCGAGGUUAUGUCGAUGGUGACGAGCGGCGGUCGUUUGGAGAGGCCCGCCGGCUGUCCCGAUCCCAUUUACGGUGUGAUGACGCGCUGCUGGCACCCCCACCCGGAGGAGCGGCCGAGUUUUACGACCAUCGUCGAGAGGAUUGGCUAUUGCCUGCAGGAUCCAGAUGUGAUCAAUCAUCCAACGCCGAAUUACGAUCUCCUGCCAAUUUGCGAGCGUGAAAUUACUAUUAUGAGACCGGAUCCCGAAACAGAAUGUAUAAACAUGCAUUCGGACCUGGACGGUGGAGCGUACAUGCAGCCACGCCUCAACUUCCGGCCAGCGACUUAUCGCAUUGGACAGCCGCCGGGUAUAGUUUACGCGUCACUCAGACACUCAUCCGAAGAGCAGAGCAACCGCAACAACUUCCAUAGGGAUCCUCCUGUUUACAGUCCGGACGAUUCGCCGCCACGCGAGCACUUUCACACGCACACUGGUAUUCCUGACGAGCACGACCUUGACGACGUAUGUGACAAUAAGCGUGAGGAAUGCCAAAGAGACACCGAGGACGAUCCACUCAGCUCGUCGUCGACGAAUCAGGCCUCGUCGAUGAGCCCUAAUGCCGAGGGUAGCGAUGACAAAGGAGACGUCCAGCCAAAGUCGCCGCCUGCUGCUCGCCCCAACGAUCACUCCAGGAGCACCGCGACCACGGAUGCGAGCCUCGGCUCCCUUUUCACGCAGUCUUCCGGGAUGCUGCCCGAGGUCGUAUCCUCGUCGCCGAACACGCGCACCUCAUCGCCGAGUCCAGCGGGCAACGGGGACGAGAGCCCCGGCGUCGUUAACGGCAUCGUUAAGAAGAGCACCCUCAAGGCCACGCUCAGCCUGGACCCGAGCGCACUAUGCAGGGGUACGAUGUCCAACGAGAAGAUCGUCUUCUCGCCCCAAAAGCCAAAGCUUAACGAUUCCGAUGGGUCGAAGAUCAGGAAGGUUUGUUGACCGGCCAAGCGCCAAUGUCACCAAUGUUGAAGCCCCGAUCGAAUGAGCACGAACUCUAUGAUCCCCCAGGACUCGUUGGGCCGCGAGCUGCCC